GAAUUCAUUAGCCAUCUCUCUCUCAAUUUCAGUAACUUUCUUCUUGCAAAUCUGCUCCAAUUCAGAAUGUCUACUCCCUCAAAGGAUCCACUUCUGCAAGUGGAAACGACAUGCGGAUCCCUUCUUUAUGAGCUUCAGAUUAUAUGGGAUGAAGUGGGUGAGUCCGAUGUUGAAAGGGACAAGAUGCUGUUAGAUCUUGAAAGAGAAUGUCUUGAGGUAUACAGAAGAAAAGUAGAUUCUGCAAACAGGAGUAGAGCUCAACUAAGACAAGCAAUUGCUGAUUCUGAAGCAGAAUUAGCAGCCAUAUGUUCUGCUAUGGGGGAGAGGCCCGUGCACAUUAGGCAGUCUGAUCAGAACCCUGGGAGCCUGAAGGCAGAGCUCAGAACCCUUCUUCCGGAACUAGAAGAGAUGAAGAGGAGGAAAUCCGAGAGGAGGAAUCAAUUUCUUGAAGUCUUAGAACAGAUACAGAAAAUACAAAUAGAAAUCUAUGCAACUUCUUUAAAGACAGUAUUGGAUGAGACUGACCUGUCUUUAAGAAAGCUUGAAGAACUUCAUGUACAGCUGCAAGCACUUGAAAAGGAGAAGAGUGAUCGCCUUAAGCAAGUUCUAGACCACAUGAACACCUUAAAUUCGCUGUGCUUGGUGCUCGGAAUGGACUUUAAGCAGACAAUUCAUGAUAUAAAUCCUAGUUUAGCAGAAACCAAAGGAUCAAAGAGCAUAAGCAAUGAUGUGAUUGGGAGGCUUGCAGCUGCUAUAGAAAGAUUUAGAGAGGUCAAAAUGCAGAGAAUGCAAAGAAUUCAAAAUCUUGCAACCUCUUUGUUAGAGCUUUGGAAUUUGAUGGAUACACCGGUUGAAGAGCAACAGAUGUUUCAGAGUGUAACCUGUAACAUUGCUGCUUCAGAGCAGGAGAUAAUGGAGCCCAACUUGCUAGCUGUUGAGUUCAUUAAUUAUGUUGAGGCAGAGGUGUCACGGCUAGAAGACUUGAAGUCUAGCAAAAUGAAAGAACUUGUUUUCAAGAAGAGAUCUGAGUUGGAAGACAUUUGCAGGAAGACCCGCUUGCUUCCAGAAUCUGAUAAUUCAAUGGAUAUUGCUAUUGAAGCUAUUGAAUCUGGAGCUCUUAACCCUGCUAGUCUCCUCGAACAAAUCGAGCUUCAAAUCGGGAAAGUUAAAGAGGAAGCUUUUAGCAGAAAAGAAAUACUUGAGAAAGUUGAGAAGUGGAUGGCUGCCUGUGAAGAGGAGUGCUGGCUGGAGGAGUAUAACAGAGAUGAUAAUCGGUAUAAUGCUGGAAAAGGUGCUCAUCUUACUCUAAAGCGUGCAGAGAAAGCUCGCGCUUUGGUUACUAAACUUCCAGGAAUUGUAGAUGCAUUAGCUGCAAAAACAAUAGCAUGGGAGAAUGAGAGAGGCACUGAGUUCACUUACGAUGGAAUCCGACUUCUGUCCAUGCUUGAGGAAUACAAGAUCUUAAGGCAAGAAAAAGAGGAAGAACGAAUACGACAAAGGGACCAGAAAAAACUUCAGGGACAACUGAUAGCAGAACAGGAAGCCUUGUUUGGGUCAAAACCAAGCCCAAUGAAGCAACAAAGUGGUAAAAAGGGGCCUAGAAUGUCAUGUGGUGGUGCAAGUAACAGAAGACUAUCAUUAGGAGGAGCUAUGCAUGCACCUAAAGCAGAUCCUCAUUCCAUUAGAGCUACGCCAAAUACCCGUCAGACCAAAAAGAAUGAGCGGCAAUUAAAUAAAAGGGAGGAUGGAUUUGCAGCCCUUUCAGCCGGGAGGAGAGGUUUGGACAUAGCAGGACUUGCUGCUAGUAGAAAACAUUCCCUUAGUGAAGUUGAACCAUCGCAACCAAUCUUCCGCAAACCCUUCUCUCCCAUUUCUUCCACAGAAUCAUCAAAAUCUUUGUUAGAAGACUUCAACAGAAAACACGAAAUGUUGCAGAAAACUUUUCAAACCAGCAGCAACAGCACCCCUUUUAUUACUCCUUCCAAAAUCACAUUAUCUGCCACAGAAGAUGAAAACAGAACUCCUAAAACAAACAUGAUCCCAUUGGUACCUUCCACACCAUCAACUGUAUCUGUUCCAAUGCAGACUGUGGCAACGCCUGCGCCUUUAGAUUGUCUGAAUCAGAUUAAGGAGACAGUUCCUGAAGAGAUAAUCGAGUACUCUUUUGAAGAAAGAAGAGCUGGUUUUGUGCUUCCUAUAGCACAUUUGAAAACCAUUAUUGCAAUUUAAUCUUGUCAUCCACUUAUUGAACUUGGAUUUAAGUUUCUUUAUUGUUGUUAUAAACACUGAUGCUUUAAAGUCAAUUGUAAUUGGCUUUUUGACAAAAAAAAAAAAAAAUUAUGUGUAUGAUCAGCCUGCAAGAGCUUGCUUUUUAUGGUCUUGGUGUUUCUUAUAAAAUUUAAGAUCUUGG